UGCCUAAACAUGGGGAAGGGGCAAGAAUCGCUGCUGCUUUUCCUCAUGAAAACCUGGAGCUGGAGUUGGAGAAGGUGGCUCAGCGCAUCCCACGGCCAGCGAAGGUGGGGGUCCCGCGCUGCCUUCUCCACUGCCCUUCUCGGCCUCCGCUGAGCUCGUGCGGAUCAUUGCGCUAUCAGAAAAAUGACUCCUUUCUUCUUGUCGUCUUCUACCAGCUUAAUGAUCUAAAUAAACUUCCUCAGUGGGCAGCUCAGUACCUGGAAGAAGAGAGAGAGACCAUUUUUUCGUCAGGAAAAAGUCAUUAGGUCAGGUCAGCCUUGUUGUCUAGCGGUGCCCUGUGUCGCUUUUGAGAUGAGUGAAGAUGUUCCAAGCUUACACUGGGGUAAUGGGAAAAAAAAUUGACAGAAAUACAGCAAUUAGUGUAAGAGGCUGCUUCAUGUAAUGAAAAUACCUUUUAAUUUCCAAGAAACACUUCACAACUGGGGUUUUUUUCCUAACAGCUGUACACAUAUAUUAAUUAAUCAUUAGAAGAAUAUAAAAUUCAUAUUAAGUGUUGAUAUAGACAAAAUGGAGAAAUGAAAACCUAAGAUCCCAUCCAUGGAAGGUAAUACAGGGGUUUUUCUCUUAUGCACAAUUGACUGUGUAUAUGCAAAUGAAAACACAGGAGCUCUCUUGGUGUCUCAGUACUGGAUAGGAUUGCAGUUACAAAUAUUUUGAUGUUAGUUGUCCUUGCCUUCUUCCCAACCUACUUCUUUCCAGACCAUGAAAAAUUUUCUGGGAAUUAGUCAUAAGAUCUCUCCCCAUAAAAUAAUUUUUACUUUUGUUCUUAUCUGCAUAUUUGAGAGUGGUAUUAGACAAGUCACUUUUGGUAACUGCCACAAGGUAAUACAGACAGCUGAGCAUGUGCAAUGUCAUGUUAAUUCAGGGCCAGAAACCUAUAGCCACUCUAACUUGAAGAUGUCAGGAGAUCAGCAUGUUGAUAGCUCUAUUCAAGAGGGAGUUGAUGAAGAUCACGGUGAUGUAAUUGAUGCAAAGCCAGACAGAAGUAGCAGAUUCUCACUUUUGGGAAAAAAAAAGAAGAAUGGAGAAGAAGAACAGCCAAAGUCCUCUCUCAGUAAUCAGUACCGAAUUGUUACGCCCACAUUCCAGUAUAAUAUGGACUACAAGAAAGUUGGCAAAUGUAUUAUUAUAAACAACAAAAAUUUUGAAGACAAAACAGGAAUGGGUACACGCAAUGGCACUGAUAAAGAUGCUGGAGAUCUAGCUAAGAGUUUUAGAAACUUAGGUUUUGACGUUUGCAUAUACAAUGACCGAAGCCGUGAUGAUAUGGAAAAAUUACUGAAGCAAGCUGCUGAGGAGAAUCACAGUGAUGCUGCUUGUUUUGCCUGUAUCCUUCUAAGCCAUGGGGAGGAAGGCCUCAUCUAUGGCACUGAUGGACCUAUGGCUAUCAAGAGUUUGACUGCGCUAUUCAGAGGAGACAAGUGUAAAAGCCUUAUAGGCAAACCCAAAUUAUUUUUCAUUCAGGCAUGCAGAGGCUCUGAAUUUGAUGAAGGUAUACAAACUGACUCUGGACCUGCAAAUGACACUCUGGAAACAGAUGCCAAUCCGAGAUACAAAAUCCCAGUAGAAGCAGAUUUUCUGUUUGCAUAUUCCACAGUGCCAGGUUAUUACUCCUGGAGGAAUCCUGGAAGAGGCUCCUGGUUUGUGCAGUCUCUGUGCUCUGUACUAAAUGAGCAUGGAAAACAACUUGAGAUCAUGCAGAUCCUCACACGGGUCAACUAUGUGGUUGCCACAAAUUUCGAAUCACAGUCUGAUGAUCCACGCUUCAGUGAGAAGAAGCAGAUUCCCUGUGUGGUCUCUAUGCUCACUAAGGAACUUUACUUCUGAAAGUGUAUUUUAAGGCAGCCAGUGAUGAAAGAUCAGGAUAUGGUUUUGGGUAGAGAUUUGAUAUAAACUGGAGUAACACAUUCUUAAUAACAGAAAUGUAAUUACACUAGAUUUUUAUAUUGUAUAAGCUGGGGUAUCUGAGGGAUGGACAAUAUGCAAGAUUUUAAAAAAGAAAUAAAUGCUGUGGGCCAGCCUGACAGCUAAUACUAAUUACUGUAUCUUGAUUUCCCUUAGUGUGGCUGUCAUGAUUUAUGGCUACUGAAGAUGUUCUGAGAGUCAGCUACCUGACCCAUAAAGGUUUAUUCCAGAAAACAGACUGUAAAAUUAAGAACAAAAAAAUUUAAUCGUGAGGCUCCAUCUUUUCUUUCACUGCUAGCUCAUGGAACUAUAACUUCCUCGGAAAUUUGCAAAGACCAUCAUAUUAUGGGUAUGUCCAGUGAUGAAACAGUUUGUAGCUAUUUAAAAGGGUGUUUCUUGGUCUAAUAUAUUUCCUUUUUAUGAACAUUAUCGAUGAAGACUAAUGGUUGCUCUGUGCUUAAUCUGGAAGUCAAUUUACUUAGGUAUCACUCUAGCAUAAGAUGAAUAAUUAAAAAAUCAAUAUUUGUAGAUUAUUUGCCUGAGUAGUAUGGAAAUGUAACAAAUAGAAAAAUUAAAAUGAAAAUCUUUGUAAAAGAUUGGCAAACUGUAAUUGGAUGAUGCCUUAUUAAAGUGCCAUUGUAAAGAUUUUUGCCUUGCAAAUGACAAUUAACUGACAGAACAGCCUGAAACAGUGGUAUUGCAGUUUUUCUGCUUGCAGAAAUAAAAAUGUCUGCUUGUUGAUUCAGAAGUUUUGAACCAACAGAAAGUUAAUGCCAAGGCUUUGUUAUAAAACAUUAAAAUUUAAUGUUGAAAUCAUAGAAUUAUAUGUUCCAGUAACAAAUGUAUGUUUAGAUAUAGCUUCUCUUUGUGAGGAAUUUUGCCAAGACUGGAAAUACUUACUUGAAUCAGAAACCAGAAGUGCCUUUUUAGUUACUGCACAGUCUUGAUUUUGUAUUUUGGAGCUACGUCGGUGAUGUUUAUAUUCCUACUUUUUAUAUUCUCUUUCAAGUUGGUAGCUAGCUCAAAAAAGUAAGUUUAAUGAUUUGUUUAAACUGAUAAAUGGUUAGUUGUCCACCCUUUUCCCAGUUAAUGUACUCUAUACUCUUUUGAAAUCUUCUAAGAAAAUAAGUGCAUACUAUUAAAGCCAAGUUACCGAAUUAUAAAGUUUAUUUUCUUACAAAUACUGUGGCAUAGUGAGGCAUUUUUUUUUUCAUAAGUCAAAUUUACAGUUCUUUGAAUUAAAUAAAUGACUGUUUUAUGGACAUCUUGAGCAUGAAAUCAAUAAAGACCUUUUUUUAAA